GGCAGCGGGGGAUCUGCCCGUCACCGUGCAAGCGAUGACGGAGCAGGUGCGCUGCCUGGAGAGGGGGCUGGAGCAGGUGGACGGGCGCGGGCGGCUGGAAGAGACCCUCAGCGACUUGGUGGGCCGCGCCAUGGGCCAAGUGCUGGGCGCGAUGGAGCGCCGGCUGACGUGGGCCCUUUCAGCGACCGAGAGGCGACUAGAGAAGCACAUCCGCGAGCAAUUCGACGAUCUACGCCGCAGCGGGCGAGAAUUCCGUAAGCGAGACGGAAAGUCGUCUCGGCCUUCCACCCACACAGAUGUCCACAGAAGUAGCUCGUCGAGUACCACAAACUCCUCGCCCCUUCCCGGGCCCGCCCCGGAGACAUCUUCCUCAAAUGACAGUGCGCCCGCAGUCAUCCAUCGUUCCUUCCCGCAGGCAAGCCUUGGCGAUACGUCAGACUCCUAUCAGCCCGGGCAAUAUCUUUUAAUGCAGCAGCCGCCAACACUCGGUUCAUUCCAAUACCCUCUGUCUCCCGGUUUUCAAUCUCUUGAGUAUCCCUUCUUCAACUCCGAUCUCUUAGCUACGCACACGUCCAUCUUCACUCCUUACUCCACCUCUGUCUUCACACACGAAGCUUCUGCUGCCGUCUCUGGCCUCGUUUCCACCUCUGCACCCUAUUUUGCCUCCGUCCGCACCUCUGGCCCCGGCGUCGUAUACACCACCGCUCCCU